CCACCGAUCAUUUCAGGUAGUGCUUCGAGUGGAGAAACACGUGCGUUUGGCCGACCAUCCUGUUUACAAAGUGUACUCUGCUUCAGGUGUUGGGGAAGUUUGAAAAAUAAUGAAGUGAAAAGUGAAGUUUUUCGGGAGUGAAAAAAUUGCCUCUGGUGCAAAAAAUCAUGCCGAAAACCGUUCCAAACAGUUCUACCGAUGAUCUUGGCAGUAAAGGUUCCCGAACGGGUGGACCAAGACCCACAAAACGACGUAGACCAAGUGAGAUAGAACCAAAUAGCGGUAGGGAGUCUGCUGAAUCGUCUCGCCGCAAGCGACCAAAUCUAAUAGAGUCCGACCAAAGAACCGUUCAACCUCAAGCUGCUGCUAGAAUCGUCGUGAACCAACCGUCGUCUCCCAGUCCCAUUGGGAACGGCGACGGAGUGAGAUCAGAUUUUCUACUGCAGGCCCUGCGACGCAUCCAGGAACUGCAGGAUGAGAUCGACUUCCUCGAGAAUGACCCCUACGCAGAGGAUGCCGAAUCGUCCGACGAGGAGGGACAUUUGCCACCGCCGGCUGUUGUAACGGGCCAACAGGCGGAAGCGCUAGGAUUCGCCGUCUGUGUCCAGGAAACGAUGGCUUUUCUCGAGCGGGAAGGUGUUGCCCCAGACAGUCGGAUGGUGAUCAAUUUACGGAACCGUCUCAUUGGAAUGCGCGAGCCGGAUUUGUCGUAUCGAUAAGAACUGGAAAGCGUGCGAAGUAGGUGAUUCUAGUCAGAAAGUGGAAGCGGAAGAGUAUGAAAUAAAUAUUUGCGUAAGAUUUUUCGAGUCGUCGAAUAAAAAAAAAUCUAGUCAGAACUGUUAGCUUCGUAAGAACCAAAGUGUAUGAAUAAUGAACCAAAAAUAAAGUCUA